AUGAUUCCAAAAUCGAUCUAUUUUCUACAUCUCAUCCUUAUCUCAUCACUUAUCGAACUUAGUUUUUGUCAAAAUCAAAUACAAAUUAUCGAAGAUGAAAAACAUCAUAAUACAGAUGAAAUGUUCAUUAUACUAGAUCGUAUACAUCAGCAAUGUUCUGAUAUAACUUAUAUAUAUGAUUUACCAUUAAAAUCUGUUCAAAGUCGCCCAUUACGUGUUAUCGUCUUUUCUGACGAUCCAACAAAUCAUGAAUUACUCGAACCAGAAUUUAAAUAUAUUGGAAAUAUGCACGGUAAUGAAGUUACUGGCCGUGAAUUAUUAUUAAGAUUAGCUGAACAUCUUUGUCAAGAAUAUCAGAAUGGAAAUGAACAAAUAGUAAGUUUGAUUCAGAAUACACGUAUACAUCUUAUGCCGUCGAUGAAUCCUGAUGGAUGGGAAACUUCCGUUCGAUAUGCAUGGGCUGAAACAAAAUCGGAACAAUUCGAAGAUACUUCAAUGAUGCUAAGAGAAUCUGGUACAACAAAUUGGCUUGUCGGUCGAUCAAAUGCAAACAAUGUUGAUUUAAAUCGAAAUUUUCCAAAUUUAGACGCUUUUAUUCAUAAGUAUAAUCAUUAUGCUCAUCAUAGAAAUAAUCACCUUGACAUGGAAACAUUUCUUUCGUUAACAUCAGGAUAUGAUUGUCAAAAUAAUUCAUAUCAAAUUGAAACAGUAGCAAUUGCAUUUUGGAUCAUGCAGAAUCCAUUUGUAUUAUCAGCUAAUUUACAUAACGGUGAUCUCGUUGCUAAUUAUCCAUAUGAUGAUUCAGAAAAUCAUCUUCAAAUGUACUCAUCAUCAUCUGACGAUCUAUUAUUUCAACACUUGGCAGAAUCUUAUUCAUAUUCUAAUGAAAGAAUGAAAUCACAGACAAACCCUUGUGGUAGUACAGCUUUUGCUGAUGGGAUAACGAAUGGUGCAGCAUGGUAUCCAAUAUGUGGUGGAAUGCAAGAUUUCAAUUAUCUGGCAAGUAAUUGUUUUGAAUUAACAUUGGAACUUGGUUGUCGAAAAUUUCCACCUGGCAAAUAUUUACCUUCUAUUUGGAAUGAACAUAAAAAUUCAUUGAUAAAUUAUAUGUCGCAGACUCAUUUGGGUAUUAAAGGAGUUAUUAAAAAUGAAGAAAGUAAUGCAAUUUAUGGUGCUAAUAUCAAAGUCUAUCAAUUACUUAACAACCAUUGGCAAUAUAUUGAUCAUGAUGUUACAUCAAAUCUAGAAGGUGAUUAUUAUCGUUUACUUGUCAAUGGUAUGUAUGCAGUUCAAGUACAGAGUUCAGGCUAUGAAACAGAAACUCAAUAUAUUGAUGUUGAUAACAAACCUGAUCAACAUAAUGCACAACGUCUCGAUUUUAUUCUGAAACCAGAAUCAAUCGAACGAUUUAACCGUAAACAAAUGCUUAGACAAUUUGUCAAUAAGUAUUAA